UUCAAGAUGGCGGAGUUUACUUGAAGAAAGGCAGCCAUUAUCAAAUGGAUUACGAAAAAGACGAGCCUUUUAAUCAAAAUGAGUGAUGAAGAAUGAUAUAUGAAGAAUUUAUACUUUGAUACUGUAUGUAGACUAUGUCCAGAGGUCCGCCUCAGCGAUUCAGCUCAAGCUUUGAGAGAAACCGUGGAUAUCGGGGAUAUCUCGGAUCACAUGGUUCUUUCAGAGGCCGUGAAGGUCAAGGUCCUGUAUCACCCUUCAGGCAAGCAAGACGCAUGAGCGAGGGGGAUGUGAGGGUUUCUGGUGGGUUUGGGUAUUCAUCAGGAUUUGACAUCCCUGGAUAUAGACAUCAGGAGGUUGGUUUAGGUGAUUACAAUGACUUUAGCUCUAUCAGUUCUGAUGAAGGAAUCAAGACAGAAAAUGAUAAGGAGAAAUUCAGCUCUUGUGCAUCCACAAGCCUAAAGAGAAAAGAUCCUGACAAAAUAGACAAAAUUGAGAAAAAGAAGAGGCGUCUUGAUGAGAAUUCUUCAAAAUCACCUGACCAAGCACCAUCUUUAUCCCCAAAGACUGUAUCAAAACAAUCCCCGCACAUCUCCCCUAAGGAAUCCCCAGCUGUAUCUCCAAGGCUCUCAACAGAACAACCACCAAGUCAGCUGGUACCAAGAAAUAAACCAUUGAAGUCAGAGCAUGAGGACAAGGAGCAAGAUAAGGAUUCUUCAAAUGCUCCUUUAAUUGAAGAUAUCUCUCCAGCCAAGCCAGAAAAGGAGAAUUCUACAACUCAGAAUAUCAGUUCAAAUAAAGAAAACAACUCUUUUAAUAACUUAACAAAGGAAGGCAUUAUACAGAGCAUGGAGAAGCUUGAUAGGGAUAUAACUCAAACAGAGCAACAGAUAGCAAACCUUAAGAAAAAACAGCAACAAUUGGAAGAAGAAGCUGCAAAAGCAUUAGUUGAACCUCCACGAGAACCAUCACCACCUCCAGAACCUAAAGUGAAGAGUUUGGUGCAAACUAUUUAUGAAGAAAAUAGGAGAAAAGCCCAAGCAGCACAUGCCCAGUUGUCCAAAUUUGGUUUCCCGCUUCCUAAUGGAAAGCCACUCUACAACCAGCCAUCAGACUUGCCAAUUUACCAUGAAAAUAUUCGAAGGGCUCCAGCAGUCAAAGCUAAACUAGUCAAGUAUUUCCAACUGAGGCGACAAGCUAAGGAGAUAAAAAAUCGUCAGCUUUGUAAAGAAUAUAAGACAUUGAAGAGGUCAUGGAUAAAGAAAAUGGAACGACUGGAAAACAAUACCAAGAGAAAAGCUAAAGAUGCCAAAGUCAGGGAAUUUUAUGAAAAGAUUUUUCCAGAAAUUAAGAAACAGAGAGAACAAGCAGAGAGGUUUUCAAGAAUGGGUGCAAGAAGCAGUUGGGGCAUGGUUGCAAGAAGUGAAGCAGAGUUUAAUGAAAUUGUAGACAACCUCAAUGAACAAGAAGCUAAUGAAAAACACAUGAGAACUUUAGCGGUUGAUCCGCCACCCAUGCUGGAUAAGCAUGAGAAAAGAUUGACAUUUAUCAACAGAAAUGGAUUGAUACGAGAUCCAUUGGCCCUACUUAAUGAAAGAAAAUACAGGAACAUAUGGACUGAAAAGGAAAAACAGAUAUUUAAAGAAAAGUACACAUCAAAUCCUAAAAACUUUGAGCUUAUUGCUGCAUUUAUAGAGAAUAAGAGUGUAGCUGACUGCAUACUAUUUUAUUAUCAAUCCAAAAAGAAAGAAAAUUAUAAACAGUUAUCAAGAAAGCAUUCACACAAGAGAAGACGCAGAGAACCGCUCUCUAUCAGUAGAAGUAAUAAUAGUGGUAAAAGUCAGAGUAUUUCUGAAGGAGGGAGAGGACGUAGUCACUCAGAUGUUGAGGAAGAUGAAAUGACUGACUCUGCUGAGGAAAGCGAUCAUGAUGAGAACUCAUUAAGCACAACGCAGAGCAAUAGUACACCUGGCGUGACAACAAGCAGUCGUAACAGUACUCCUCAGCCAAUGUCCACCAAAAAUACUGGACGGCCAGAUCACCCCAUUGAGACAUCAAGAUGGACAGAGAAAGAAAUGGAAAUAGCUAUGCAAGGUUUGCGUGAAAAGGGUCGUGAUUGGUCUGCUAUUUCCAAAAUGGUUUUAACCAAAACAGAUGCACAGUGCAAGAACUUCUAUUUCAACUACAAAAAGAAAUUCCAUUUGGAGGCCAUGGUUGCAGAGUUUGAGUCAAGCAAGAUGCAGAGGAAAGGAGRAGAAAGCCAAAAGUCAACUGAAAGACCAUCUCCUUCAUCAAGACCAGUUACUCGAAGCCUUAACAAUAAAGGCAUCUCUUUAUUAGGAAACGAUAAGAAAUUGGCUGCAUUGUCUACACCUAGUAUGCCAACUAUCAAUCCUUCAAGUCAAGAACAACCAACUCAACCUACAUCAUCACAACGCAACCAGGGGCUUUUAGUUGCUGUAUCUGACCCUUCCAACUUCGGUCAUGCUUCAUCUUCCAUAGCAUCAACACAGUCGUUACAAGUAUUAAAUGUAGUACCGUCAACAGCAACAGUAGUGGCGCCCUCUAAGGCUUCUCCAACGGGAUUCAGCUCGGCUAGCCAACAACACAUUCCCGUGAGCCAUCCAGGAAUUUUGUUUACACAAACGCGCAUCAUUACGGGGCCAAACCAAAGCCCACACACUUUGGCCCAGGAACAACCAAGAAAUCUCUCUUCAUAUGAACCUCAAGGGUAUCCUCAGGCACCAGUUACACGACCGUUUGUAGUUCAUCAUCCUCCCGAGCAGGCAACUGUCAGUAGUAUUAUACCGAACGUUAAGAAAGCAGAUUAUGGUACUGAGACCAGUAAGAAGUCAUUGACAUCGGAAAAUACACCAAAAGCAGACAUUAAAACACGUCCUGAAAUAGUUAUCAUAGAUGAUGGCCAGCGUGGUCAGCGGAGCCUUGAAAAACCUCCAGAACCAUCCAUAGUCACUGGUGUACCUCUUAAAUCACGUUCACCAGGCAUCAAUAAAGCAUCGGUUAUAACAGACACAAACAAGAUUCAGCGACCACUAAGCAUCACGGGUAAUAGUAAUAUCCUCCAUGUUCGCCAGGAAGCCUCCUCAACCAGCAGUGAGUCUAAUUUGAAGCCACCACCUCCGCUCAUUCAGGUUGCGUCACAGCUGAGCAUGCGUGAAGGUCAACCAUCCAAGUCUCCAGGCCUUGAGGCUGGUCCAUCUAGGCCAAAGUCAGGACCACCUCACAAUACUGACAGCACCACAAUGAUGGUAGACCUUAGCAGAAAGUCGCCAUCGGCAGAAGUCGCUACUCAAUCACAGCAGCGAGAUUAUAAAUCUGCUCGAGCCGCUCUGAAGGCUAUGGCACAGGGAUAUAGUGAGGAGGAAGCAGAGAAGAGGAGCGAGGGUAAAAAGAGUGAACAGCCUCCUCAUCCACCUCCACCUCCACCUAAACAGCCUGAUUCAAAGCUGAAUUCUCAUGAACAGAAAGAAGCGAUGAGAAAGUACAAGACUCUUCCAACAUGCAUUGCCGCACCUAAAGAAUUUUCUCCUGGCGCAGAGUAUGCUGCUUAUCCACCAUAUGCACAGCAUGUUCACAGCAUGCAUCUUCACCAAGCUCAAGCAAAUGCUCUCUCGCAGUCUGGACACCCACACGUUCAUCCACACUCUAUUGCAAUGAAUCAACGUGGCUAUCCAGUGUAUAUGACUCCACGUAUUCCCUACCAUCCAGAAUAUUCAGUCUUAACUCCUCUCACAUUCCAAUCAAUGGUGGAAAUGCCUCCACGAAGUAUAAAUGGUCGUGAAAGUCCAGGUCACAUACCAAUAAACCUUCCUGGAUAUGGGCACUUACAUCCUGUCCAUCCUAGUCCAUUCUAUCAUGGGCUUACACCAGGAUCAGGAAUACACAACUACCGUGCACUUGAAUCACAUCAUCAAAGACAUCAGCAUCCAACAGAAGAAAAGGUCCCUUCGUCUUCACGUCAGGGAGACGUAUCGGAACACGAAUUAAGCAAUCCAUUCUUCUCUCGUAUGUCACCCCAUCAACGAUCUGGACAUGCAAUGGUUGGAGAAAUCAGAGGUUGUGGCCCAUCUCCUGUAGACUCCUCGAAACAGUCAUCUACAGGUAGAGGUUCACUUGAUUCAGUCAAGGGCUACCCAGCAUCAUACUCCCCGUCUGAAAGGCCUAAGUCGAAUUCACCUGCAAUGUCAUACCUUCAAGUGGCAAGACCACCUAGCAAACCCACGUCACUAUCUGAAAUGCAAAGUCGAGCUGCAAUAAUCCCAGAGUUAGUACCUGAAGUCAGACCAAAGCAUGCCUUUCCUGAUCCACAUCGUGUCGACGUCAAAGAUGAUACACCAGUCAGAGUAAGGACUCCUGAGCCUAGAUCAGCUGAAGUCUGUUUAGAAUCGAGGGGUUUGCCCUAUUCUGAGUUUCGGAGAGACAAACGACAUGAUGAAAUACCACCGUAUACACAAGAGCAUGUUAAAGCAAGCCCUGAGGUACGAAACCCUGAUAUUUAUGUACGUCAUUCAGUAGCUAUCCCAGACACCAGGGCAGAAGGUCGAACGAUUCAAAAAGAACCUAAACCCGAUCACGCCCGCCCAGUUGUAACCUCAGAAGUGAGAAGACCUCCUCAUGAGUUAAGAAUGGACCCAAGAUCAGAAAUAAAGCACAGUGUAGCAGGACUUAUGCCUUACUCUGAUGGCAGGACAGAACAAGCAGAUCGGGAAGUAAAACCGUACAUGGGGCGUGAUCAUACAUCUAGGCCUGACUCGAACAUUAUUCAUCAUCAUCCAACAAGAAUUGAUUCUCGUCAGGACCAACGUAUUGAUUCUGUGAAGGUUGAUGCCCUCGGACCUCCGCAACGAGUAGACAAUGUCCAGAGACGCGAUGUCAGACCGUCGGUCGAUACAUCUCCACGUGGUCAUCAAGGAUUUGAGGGAAGGUACUACCAACAUCCUGAUUCAAGCAUUCGUCCGCAUACAAGAAUUAUUCAGAGGUCAGACAAUACUGCAAGCUCACUUUUGCCGCCUCAGCUUAGACCUGAUCUGGUCCGUACAGCGUAUGAUCCACGUCAUGAUAUCCAGCAUGAGGUCCUACAAUAUCGACCUGUUGAGAAUCAAGAUAGAAAGGAGGUUAAAAGACUUCCAUCUUCUUCUAGUUUACCCGACAGUGAAAGACAACAAGACAAGGGACAUGAUAGGAUCCAGUCUACCCCAGCUCAAGUAAUUCGUGAAAGGAAUCCUUCUAAGUCAGUCGAUGUUAUUUUGAUUCCUGACAACGAAAGGAAGGUUGAGGAACGUAGCGAAAGACAAUCGCCAUCCUCUGCCGUAUCCAAAGCAAAAAAGAAAAAUUCACAAGAAGAUUUGAUGUUAAAUUUUGCGACUUUAGUUGACGUUGCAGCUCUCCAACGCCCAGUAGAACUUCCAUCCUUUGAGCGAAGAGAACGAGAAAGAUUCAGAAAGCCGCCCUCACCAAAACCGUCUGAACAAGAACCUGAGUAUACUGGAAAUAUUAAAAUUCAAGACACUGCUCAAGAUGUCACCUAUACGGGCCAGAGUCCGAAAUAUGGAAUUGGCACUGGUCGUGUUCCUAAACCUCCACCACUAAUGCCAAUAACUGGCAAUCCACUACAUGUUGCUACCACUGCAGGUUCAUCUUCUUCAUCUGAUUCCAAAAGUCCAGUAAAAUUGAGUUCACCUCAUGGUACAAGCCAUACAGUUACCAGUGUGGAAAGACCACCUCCUCUGAUAUCGGGUACAACCACAAGUCCUGCUACGAGUAUUUCCUCUGCUAAGCCAAACACUAGUGGACCUCCACCACUGAUUUCGAAUGUUUCAUCAUCGCCGGUACUCCAUACCGUUCCGCCUCCAACAUUAGUUCUCGAUAGUUCACAGGGUAAAGCUGUCAGUCCUGUUAAAGUGCCGGCAGAUCGUUCAGUUGACUCCGAUAAGUUUGAAGAGAAGUCCACCCCUCAAUUCGGCCAACCGUCUGUGGUGAGAAAUAUUUUUGAGACAGUAACCUACUUACCUCAUGGUGUUUCUGGUAUUAUUCCACCUGCGGCUCUUUUGCAGCGACACCCAGCACUACCCAUUCCUCACCCAUUGCCACAUACCAGCAUAACAAGGGCACCUCCACCUGGUAGAGAUUGGGCGCAAGUCAAGACUGGUCCAGCUGUUGAUCCUGCAUUUGCUGAAUAUUUGCUUGGAUCUCAAAAACGUGAACAAGAAAAUCAGCAAAGAUAUUCACCUCAAACUUCUCGUACCUUACCACAUUCGUCGCAGUUACGUGAGCCACGUUCAUCUGAAGGUGAACAGCACCAUGAUAGUGUUUGUUCUCAAAGAACUUCAAAAUCUCCUUCAAAAAGUCCACAAAAUGAACCCAAAAUAAUAUCUGGAGAAGAUGAAGACAAGGUUCCUUUCUCAAGGGUAACUGGCGUAGAAAAUGUUGAAACAUCACGUGACGCCUACACAGAUUCAAGGGUUAGCGUUAUCAGAGAAUCAGGAAGAACGUCAGACGUAAGCAAAGUCUAUACAAACGUACUAGAACGUACUAGAACACUUGAUCAAGAUCAAAGGGCGCACAGUCUUGAUAGAACAUUUGAUCAGCAAACAGGGGGUAAUGAUCAUAACACAAUACAUGAUCAGCAACCAGAAGCACUCAGUAUCAGUAGAACAGUUGAUCAACAAGCAGAGUUGCAGAGUCACAGUAAAACUCGUGAACAGCAGCCAGAGGGACACAGUUCUCAUACAAGAUUUGAUCAAGACCAUGCUAACUCACCUCAUGGAAAGAUUCUUGAUCAGUUCCAUGCUCGCUUUUAUAAUCUUAGCCAUCAAGCUCGUGGUAAUUACCAUUAUCAGUCCCAUGCCCAAAAUAGAGAUAUACACCACGAGUCACGACCAGAGCACGAUGUCAGUGACAGCGAUACUUUAUCAGCCGAAGAACCAGAGUACGUUCCCGAAAGUGGUGAUGAAGUCACAGCGAGCUCGCUCGCUGAUAACUCUAAUGAAAAUUACAGAAUAACUCAAGAUAAUGAGGUAGCUGAUAGUGCUUCUCAAAGUGAGCAGAAAACACCUAACACUUCAUCUGACGUUGAAACUAAUGACCAGCCGAACGUAGUAUCAACAGUAUCAGAGAGUGUAACAAGCUCGUCUGCCUUCUCGCCAUGUUCAAUUGUCGUCACCUCGCCAAGCUCUACAGAUUUGACACAAGUCUCAGAACUACCAUCAAGAUCAAUAGUGCACAGUUCUUCUAGCAUAGACGAAACUAAAGAGGCAGUACCAAAACAGCAGAAUGUCGAAGCAGACAUAGUUCAAGCACAAUCGAGUUCUGCAUCCUACCAACUUUUUGAAUCUGGCCAUUCAGCUGAAGCAACUUCUUGUGAUGGUUCAAAUGCUCAAUCUGAUAAAACUACUCAGGAAGUUGUUCACAGUGUGUCAACAGCUGACAGCUCUGAAAACCAAACACCAUUCUUCAAAAGGCGCGAGGAAAUGGAAUGUAAUGCCGAAGUUGAUUCAAGCAAUGUAGAAGCGGUUCGCGUACCGUCAUCUAGUAGUGAUAACGUAGUUCAUUCUUCUGAACCUCAAACUUCAUCAUGUCAGACUGUUUCUCAGUCAUCAGAAGCGACAACUCCUUCAGUAGCGACUCCAAUAAUGAGUCCACAGCCUUCAGACCCUGAUCUCAAUUAUUCAGAAAGCGCCUCGACGAAUUCUACGGUAAUCGAUUCAAGUGGUUUACAAACAAUCAGUCCCUUACCAGCAGAUGACGUCAUCGAACCUGUGUCAUCAAACAUACCCCCAGAACCCUCUGAAGUUUUACCUUAUACUGUGGACGCCACUCCAGCACAGAGUUCAAAUGAUGACUUGCCAGAAUCUACUAGUGCAUUACUAUCUUUCGUGCCUGAAGGAACCCUAGUUACGGACGGUGUUGAUAGCAGUAACUGGAAGCAAAAUAUCAAUAAUGUUUCAGCAUCAUCGAGUGAGUUAGUGAAUGAUGUUAGGGUCGAAAGUGAGCCAGAUUCUCACUACGAAACUGAAAAUGUUGAGACUACAGCGGAUUCUAGUAACAUCUCCUCUUACACUUGUGACACUGAGCAGAGCUCUGAUGAGCCGGAUUCGCACACUGCUAUUGAAAGCAGUACUCGUCAUUUUGCAGAUUCAAGUUAUAAUCGAAGGGAUCGUCUGUCUGAAGAAGAAUUAUCUGAAAACGAGACAUACGAAAAAACAUUACAUGGCGAAGAAGUAGAAGGAAAGGAAAUAUCUAGCUCUGUAUCACACUCAUCACAGGACGUUAUGGUAACUCGUGAUGCAAACACAGCUAUUUCAACUACAAGGCGUUCCUCUCUAGAGGAGGAAAAAAGCGACAUCGAGGAAGUCCCUAAUGAAAUUUACUUGCCUGAUCAAGAUGAAAACAUGUCGUUACCUGAACCACAGUUAAUGAUGGAUCCUGAGGACUCUGUUUCCGAUGUACACAAAGACAGUUUAGAAGAAUUGUCCGAUUUUGACGACACUGAACAUUCAACAAUUCCUACGUUUGUUGGUGAAUUUAUUCCCAGCACGACUAGAGAAGAUGGACCCGACUCAUCCUCAAAUGUAUUACCACAGAUGGCUGAAUUCGAAGGAAGUAGUAGUAGUGCAAACACAUCGGUUUGUUCUGAUAUGGUGCAAAGCUCCGUUCAUGUACCACCGUCCUCUUCACAGCUCUCUCCUGAUGUUCGUGAAGUUGAAUGCUUUCCAGAUGAAAGACCUGAAGAAUCUGAAAGAUCAGAAGUCAUUCACGAUAGAGAAGCAGGCACAUCAGAUCAGGGUGUACAUUCGUCAGUGCCUGAUACCAAGUUUGUAGAACGGCAGUAUACGAUAGAGUCGACAUCCUAUGAAGAGCAGAAUAACGAUCAAGAUGUAUCGGGCAUUGCUGACACUACGUCCGCCGAGCAGAACUCUGGUAUCCCGUUGAUAUCCAGUGAUGUAAGUACCAUAUCUAAUGAUAGCCCAGUGGCGUUACCUUCUGACUCGACCAGUGAAUCAGUGGAAGUUGAACAUGAACCGGACCACGACCGGACGGGACCAUGUGAUCAAACCGGAAAUGACGAUUUGACAGAGGAAAUAUCGACCAUGUCAACUUCCUAUUUACCUGAAACAACUCCGGUAUCACCUGCCUCGCCAGAGUCGGUAGACCAACAGUCUGAGAAUGAUAACAUCUCUCCCGCACCUGUAUGGCAAGGUUACCCGCAGUCGUCGAACUUUCCUAAUAGUGGGACAGCAUCACAACACUAUUCAUCAUAUCCACUUCUUUCUGCACAACUUAAUACUGCGUUCCCAUUCUCUACACUCAACGUCGCCUCUAAUAGUGCACGGUCAUCUCCCGUAUCAUUGUUAAACAUUGGUCGUUCACAGUCUCCUUGCGCUGCCGUCUUACCUAGAGAACAAGAACCAAUGCCAAUAUUGUCAGAUGACUACGAGCCACUAAGUGACGAUGAUGCGAACUACGACUCUUGAUCAAACGUUCUGACGUUAAUCCAUUGACCAUUCGUUCGUGAAUUGAAAAGGACCACAAUUCUAAUGAAUAAUAGAAAAAAAGGAGUGAAGUGCUCAUUUACCUCGUAAAUUAUUUAUAAAACGUGACGUCUUAGUAAUACAUUUAACGUCGAGUAUGGCAAAAUCCCCUUUUUCUUGUGAUUCCUCGCGGAUCCAGUGAUUUAUCAGCUUUAUACAUAAACUGGCUUAUCAAACAAUAAUGUAAAUAGUAACAUAUCGUAUACUUGUCAAUAAAGUCAAUGAAUUAAGGAACACAUAA